GGGCGGGGACGCGGCCCCGAGGACGGAAGUGAGAAAGUUGCCGGCGUCCCGGGGAGAGUUGGCCGAGCUGUGCGCGCACCGCAGCGAUGGGAGGUUCGGGCAGUCGCCUGUCUAAGGAGCUGCUGGCCGAGUACCAGGACCUGACGUUCCUGACCAAGCAGGAGAUCCUCCUAGCCCACAGACGCUUCUGCGAGUUGCUUCCCCCAGAACACCGGAGUGUGGAGGAGUCACUGCACACCCGAGUAUCAUCUGAGCAGAUCCUCAGCCUUCCAGAGCUCAAGGCCAACCCCUUCAAGGAGCGAAUCUGCAUGGUCUUCUCCACGUCACCUACCAGAGACAGCCUGAGCUUUGAGGACUUCCUGGACCUCCUGAGUGUCUUCAGUGACACAGCAACCCCAGACAUCAAGUCACACUAUGCCUUCCGCAUCUUUGACUUUGAUGAUGAUGGAACCCUGGACAGAGAAGACCUGAGCCGGCUUGUGAACUGCCUCACGGGAGAGGGCGAGGACACUCGGCUCAGUGCUUCUGAGAUGAAGCAGCUCAUUGACAAUAUCCUAGAAGAGUCAGACAUCGACAGGGAUGGGACCAUCAAUCUCUCCGAGUUCCAGCACGUCAUCUCUCGCUCACCAGACUUUGCCAGCUCCUUUAAGAUUGUCCUGUGAUGGCUUCUGAGUGCCAACAUCCUGUCCGAGACCUUUCCACUGCUGAGGUGUGGUGAAGGUUAUGCCUGCAGUGUCAGGGCCAGUGCCGGCCCCUCCUGGAGAGGGCGCUGCAGAGUCUGGCCCUCUGGCAAGGGAGGACCCUCCCCCUUGUCACUACUGUUAUCAUCACUGUGUUUACUAAUUGGUAAUAAAGGUUUAGAAAUGUUUGA